CGCGAAGAAAACAGUACGUACGUAGGACAUUUCUGAGCCUAAUAGGUCUGUUAGAACGAAUAUAAAACUUAUAGCUUUUAUUUUAGUAUUUUUUUCCUGACAAACUCUUGUUCCACACUCCAGUCUAGCAGGUGGCGGUAAUACACGUUACACAUACGCUUUAGUUUGCCAACGGCCAAAAUCGUUCAAGAAGAAGAAGAAGAAGAAGAAGAAGAAGAAGAGCUCACAGGCAUAAAGGAAUGGAUAUUAGAGCGAUAACACAGUGAGCUUGAUUAAUAAUUACACUUCUGUGGUUUCCAGAAGAGAUGAAGGUUAAAAUCAAGCAGUGGAAUGGCGUGGCGUCCUGGUUGUGGGUGGCCAACGAUGAGAACUGCGGCAUCUGCAGAGCGCCUUUCAACGGCUGCUGCCCAGACUGUAAGGUCCCCGGAGAUGACUGCCCGUUGGUGUGGGGUCAGUGCUCUCACUGUUUCCACAUGCACUGUAUCCUGAAGUGGCUGAACUCUCAGCAAGUGCAGCAGCAGUGCCCCAUGUGCCGCCAGGAGUGGAAAUUUAAAGAGGGAGACACUUCCUGAGGAGAUUCAAUAAGUGCAAACUCAGAUUGAUUCUUUUGCUUGUUUAUUGUACAGUGGUAUAUUUUACAUCCUACAAAUGUAGAAUUUUGUAAUUAAACAUCCCACAAAAUGAAAA